AUGAGAUCCUUUGCCAAUCUAGCCAUGCAUCUUGGAUUUUCCUUGUUUGCUGUUGAUGCUACGCAGCUUGAUGAUGAUUGCCGCAGCAGCAAUGCAACCCACAUUGUCUGGAAGAUAAGUCAAACAAUGGCCACCAUGCCCACUUUUGGACGCCGGAGGUCCCAAACCACCUUGACACAGCCCAAAUGCGUGGUGCAACCUCGAAAACAGGCCGAACAAGAAUGUUUGAAAUAUUUGCAAGACACCAUUAUGCCCUUUGAUGUUCCUUUUUUCGAAACACUUGGUUUUGGCAGUCACGACGACGAUGUGGAUGGUUUGGGCAAUGGAAUUGCCACAGUAUCUGUCAAAUUGGCAUUAGACGCCAAGGCAAUCUAUCCAUGGACUGACAGUCUGCCCAAAGAAAUAUUCUACAAUUACGUAUUGAAUUAUGCCAAUUUAAACGAAGCUCGAACCAACUGGAGGCCACUGUUGAUUGACGCCAUGAACUUUACCGAAAGUCCUCUAUGGAAAAGUGGAAAUGCCAACUUGUCGUCAGUGGUGACCUGGGUCAAUACUCAUUUGUGGACCCAAUUGAGCCGUGAUGGUAGUUCUCCCAUUUAUUUCAAGUCGGGCCAGACUCCCUUGAUAUUUGACCCAAUGUCCGUGAUUGCCUAUGGAUAUGCCAGCUGUACGGGAACCUCCAUUUUGUUUUCCAACGCACUGCGAGCACUGGGCAUUCCAAGUCGCGUGGCUGGAACCCCCGCGUGGUAUGGAAAUGCGACGCAAGGAAAUCACAAUUGGGUAGAAGUUUAUGACAAUGGAAUCUGGAAAUUCUUGGAACCGUCGCCCGCACUGGCACAUGUGGAUACCUUGGAGGCAGAUCCUUGCCAUCGAUGGUUUUGUAACGCCGAACGAUAUCCGUCGUCGAAAGUAUAUGCGGCCACACUGUCCAAAGUGGUCAGCAGCUAUUUUCCAUUGGCGUGGGAGUGGCAUUGCAAAGACAUUCCAGCGGUGGAUCGAACGCAGUAUUACGCGGACAUUUGCAGCUCGUGUGAUUGA